AUCCCUGGCUGAGGAGAUGAUUCUAUAUCUUUAUCGAAUCCCACUAAACGACAACUGCAGAAAGGUCGUGUGAGGGGGCGAGAACCACGGUGCGCGCACGUCACAUCCGGCGGGCUUCUCCCUGACCGGUUUCCACACUCAUGCCCCGCAUCUACAUUCCAACUCGUCAAGGCUAGUACCCAUUGUUCUACAUCACGGCCCUUCGACGAACCCAGACACUGCGGUGUUGGCAGAAUCGAGUGACCUUUUAUCACUUCCAUAUUGACCGAAGGUCCAGCUACUUCAGUGUGUAUUCUGUAACUAUCUACACGUUGUUGUGCCUGCGUUCGCGCAUAGUUGGCCCGCUUUGUAGCCAUCACAAGCCUUUCGCAGCUUGCUACCUCCAGGAUCCCUACGAGACAUGGCCUCCAAGGCUCCAGGGAUACCAAUUGGUAGACAAAGGCAUUCCAUUACGAAACGAGCAUCUUCUUCACAGCAAAACGAUCACGAGCCAAUGCCACAUGCGAUCGAAAACAACGACUCGGGCGACGAUCUUGAAGUUGAUCUUGCGAAAGCUGCCUUGGCUACUGGAACAACAGCUUUCGAAGCCCAAAAAUGGAUGGAAGCUGAGUCACUUCUAGAAGAAGCUCGUCGUGUGCUGGAAACACUUCCAAAGGAACGGCGCACGUUCUGUGACAUCUUUGACCUCCAUUUCAAGAUGUCCAUCUGUACAUAUUACACACAAGACCAUGCAACUGCCGAAGAAGCUCUUAUAAGCCUUAGUCAACACGAGUUAACUUCCGAUGUGCAACAGGAGCGUAUGUGCGAGGCUAUGCACUUGCUUUCACAGCUGCACAUCCGGAUGGGUCGAGUUGAUAUCGCAAAAGAGGAAUGUAAAGGGACGUUACAAACAAGGAGACGCCUUCUAGGAAAGCUCAGCGAUGCUUCUUUUGAGUCCAUGGCGCUUAUGGCACAUAUUUGCGUCCUGCUCGAUGAUCGUGCCUUGGCCAAAACGUACCUUGCCAUGAUCUCAGAAGAGAGAAGAGAAAUCAUACUCAAGAGGCUUGGUAUGUCACUAGGUAUGGGUAUGGGCCAUCUAGAUUUCUCUACGAUCAUGUACAGUCAGCCUCUCGAGACCACCUUGUCAGUGACGAAGAGGGAAUCUUCCCAACAUGCCGUGCCAUCGGCAGCAGUAACCACUGCAGACCAGAGCUGGUAUCGGCUUCCACCUGCCGUGGCGCAUUCCCCGGCGCCUAGUCGGAGCUCCAUAGCCACUUCUGUAAGCAGUCCGAACUUUUGGCAGUCACCUCCGAGAAACAUGUCUGAGGAAGCAAGCCCUCGCCUACAACAGGUGGGAUGGAACACACCUCCUUCAUCAACGGCGGGGACUUUCGAAGCCGUAGCUAUAAUCAAUCCAAGAAUAGCUCAAAACACGACCGUUGGCAGAGCUGGUACACCUUCUACGACGGUAAAUGAGCUUGACAUUCGAGAACAAAGACAUAUGCAAUCUUCCAUCCCUUCUAAGCCCUUGUCUCGCAAGGACAUCCUCGAGAAAGUUGGUUGUCAACCACGAGACAAUAUUGAGAGAGUGGUCUGCAAAGGCGACCAACAGGGUCUAGCAAAGCUUCUUGACAAGAAGAAAGGCUUCUGGCGAGGCAGUCUGCGCAAGCAUUUCCGGCCGGAGCGCGUUACAGCACUACACUUCGCAGCGCUGUUUGGCGAGGUAGACAUGGCACGCCACCUAAUAGCCACCAACUUCAACGUCAACGAAGUUCCGUUUGGCUACUCCACCAGUCUCACUCCGCUCCAUUUCGCCCUCGGUGCGCGGCAAGUCGAGAUGGUCCGGUUCCUGAUUGCGAAUGGUGCAGAACCCGUGGAGCCGGAUACUUGGUCCACGCUUGCCAGCCAGCUGAUGACACGCUCAUGGCUGCUUAAGACAUUAUCAGACUCCGAGAAGGAUGGUGUUGCAGAUUGCAUCAUCGCCAUCUUGGAGGUGUUGCUCACGGCAGGAUGGCAGAUCAAUUUGCCACAUGGGAAGGUGAAGGACACUGUAUUGCAUCAAGCUGUUGCCUUCUGGACAGGCUCGUAUAAGAUGGACUUGGAGGUACGUAUGGCUGUCACGCAGUUCCUGUGUAGUAAGGGUGCAGAUCCGUUCAGGAAGAAUAGUGACGGGGUGACCGCGUGGGAUAUUGCGAGUGAGAAGGGGCACCAGAACUUACUGAGACUCUUGGAUGAUACCGGGAGAAGAACAGAUGCGGUCAGUAUGGAGCGCGUCGAGCUGCCUGGGAAUUAGUGAGCACAUUGCGAGAUGAGCAUCUGUAGGAGAAAGCUUCGUUGUCAACGUUUACUUCUCUCAUGCAUAUUCAUCGCC